AUGCUCCUCUCCGCUUUGGUGCUGCUCCCAUUGGCAGUUGCCACCCUCAUACCCAGGGAUAUUCUUUUCUCGGAUCCGAAAUACUCGUCGGUAUCGCUUAGCCCGGAUGGAAGAUUUUUCGCCUACAUAGCACCGGAUGACAACAAAGUGAAGAAUGUGUUUGUGAAAUGUACGAACUGUAAACACACUCGCCAAGUGACUUUUGAGAGGAGCAGCGAUGUUUUGAGUUACUCAUGGACCGGCGUGGAAAACGUGAUCAUCUAUUCACAAGACAACGAUGGCGAUGAGAACACGAUGCUCUUCAAGAAGAACAUUUCAGACGCCGAAAUUGGUGCGAAUCCUGAGAAAAGAACAGUGAUCUCUGAUCGGAAAGGAGUGAAAGCCAUCAUCAGCGGCAACAAUCACAAAGAUUCUCGAGUUUUGAUUGGGCUCAACGACGAGAAUCCAGCCUACCACAAUAUCUAUUCGUUCGACUUGUUGACCGACUCGAUGACGCUGAUCAUGAAGAACAGCCGAUUCCCAGUGGUGGUCGUCGACAACGACCUGAACAUUCGUCUGGCGGGCGAGCAGCAGCAGGAUGGAUCACUGAUGUACUUCAAGCUUUUCCUAAGCCCGGUAUUGCUGACUUCCGAUGAAAAAGAAUGGGAGCACUAUUUGCUGGUUCAACCAGACGACAUGGCAAUCACAUCGCCUGUCGCUUUCGAUAAGACCAAUCAGAACAUGUACUGGCUGUGGGGCGAACAGAGCGAUCUUGGAUCAUUGGUGAUGUUCCCAUUUGACGCAGUCGAUCAAAAGGAAGUGCUCUACACGGCCACACGUGCCCAAAUCGGUACCAUUAUGAUCCAUCCAACUGACAAGACACUUUUGGCCGUUACUGAGGUUUACCACAAACCAGAGCUAUUCGUCGCCAAUGACACGGUCAUGGACGAUCUGCAGUACCUGGUAAACCUGCGGCCAUUCG